AUGUCCGACGUUGAACAAGAUCAAAUUGUUGAAGAAGUUGCUGUUGAGCAAGAAUCAUCCGUCUCCAUCGAAGAUGCUUUGAAAGUCGUCUUGAGAACCUCAUUGGUCCACGAUGGUUUAGCUAGAGGUUUGAGAGAAGCUUCAAAGGCUUUGUCCAAGAGAGAAGCUCAAUUGUGUGUCUUGUGUGACGCUGUUACCGAAGAGUCAAUCAUCAAAUUGGUUGAAGCUCUCUGUAACGAGCCAGAAGAGAAGAUCCCAUUGAUCAAGGUCUCAGACGCCAAGUUGUUGGGUGAAUGGGCUGGUUUGUGCCAAUUGGACAGAGAAGGUAACGCCAGAAAAGUUGUUGGUGCUUCAUGUGUCGUUGUCAAGAACUGGGGUGCUGACUCUGACGAGAGAAACAUGUUGUUGGAACACUUUUCUCAACAAUAA